AUGUUUCUGAAAAUGAUGAAAGCUUUGUCAGACAAAAAAGGGGCCAAUACAAAUAGCCAUUCAAGAAAGACAAAUCUGGAUGGCAGCCCUCAGAUAGAAAACAGGAACCUCCACUGUAGCUCUUUGACUGUACGAGAACUAGAAUUUACAAUGUUCCUCGAUUCCUGUACGACCUCAUUGAGUCUACCUUCAGCUGCCAGACGUCUCUUCAGUGUCACCGGUAAAGAACUGUUUAGUUUGCAAGAACUCAAGAGGGACCAGGUUGUAUAUGUAAGCUGUCAUGAAACGUGGUUGAACCCAAAAGUUACCAAAUCAGAGCAAAAGAGACGAGUUUUAUUGACCAACUUAUCUUCGGACUUGACAAAGAUUCGCAAAUAUUGCAGCCUCAGGGAUCCAAUCAAUUAUGUGUUAACAGUAAAUGGAAGUCUGGUAGCAAAUUCCACCAUAAUUGUUGCUCCAUUGGUUGUCCUCUCCAGUGAAAUUUCAGAAGAGAAUGUCUUACGAGUGUCCCAAACUGCGGAUGAUGCUGGAACGUCUGGAGAAGUUGAUAAAGAAUAUGACCAAACUGAUGUCAAAACACACAAAUCCUGCCAUGAUAUUUCUCACAUGUAUUCCGAUAUUUACAUGAAUAAACUGAAAUGGCCCUGGGAAUGUCUUGUCAAUGUAGAGAACUGUACAAAUGACGAAGAAGAAGAAAAUGUUGAAGAAGACCCUGUGUCCGAGAAGCAGAAUCUGAAAAACAAAGUUAAUGUUCCACAUUUCACGAGUCCGGAAGACUUACAGAAAUUCACUUAUGAAGAUGGUUAUAUAGCUUGUGCAGAAAGCCCAAACCUUGUCUUAACUGCUGUGCAAAACGACAGUCGCUUAGCUGAUGUUAUUCUUAUGAAACGUUCACCUGAUGACAUUAACCAACGCUGGAUAAUACAAUCUGAUGGGGAAAUCCGUUCGCGGUGUGGCCACAAUUUGGUUUUGACUGUUUCAAUGCCACUUUCUGGCACAGAGAGCCAAAUAUCCUACAUAGGCUGUUCUGUCAUUUUGAAAGCCAAGAAAGGACACAAGUAUGGAGAGGCCCACCAAAGGUGGUACUAUGAUGCUGACACUGGUUAUAUCAAAGCUUUCGAAGCAGAAAUCUUGAACAAAGAAAUCACGGCAGCAAGCUCCAGCAAUAUUUGUACUUUUGCGAUUACAGCGAAGACGAAAAUUGAUCAACCAGGUUACUCGGUGGAAUUACCUCAGAAACCAGAUUCUUUAAAUGGUCAAACUGUUUUGUAUAAAAAACUCUGUCUUUCAUGUGCCUAUACUCUUAGAGGACGAUAUUGUAUGCAGAAAUUAAAGCCAGGGACUGAGUUUUCAUGUGCCAUGGGAGAACAAGAUAAAGAUUUGGAGAGCAGAAAGCUUUAUGGAAGUUUCCAGGUACUAAAUGGUAAAGUAGAUCUAUCAACUCAUGAAGCUUUAUUAACACUUCAUCACUGGGAAGAAAAAUUAUCAAAUCUUAGAGAAGAAACCAGUGUUCAUACAAUUGGCAAAGAACUAUCAACAGCUCAAAAUGUGAAGGUCGUCAAAUUGCUUGCUUAUAAGAAUGGUGAUGGUCGACUUCAUAGUGGUCAUUUAGUGAUUGGAUCUACUUUGGAAGGUCUAUUGUCACAAUGUACACAAAAUCUUGGACUGACAAAUGUUGCUCGUGCUAUGUAUACAGAGGAUGGUACUCAGAUUCUUGUGAUUGAAGAUCUUAUUGACGUGGCUGUGCGAAACUACAAGCAGGAACUAAUACUGCAAGUUGAGAAUUACAUCAAAGAAAAGUACAUGAAAAAUACAGAAAAGUCAACUCAGUCACCUAGCAAAGCUAAUGAAACAGUGGAGUCGAGUGCAGCUGAAUUGAAUCAAUCUUCAUUAAGUGAUGCUGAGAAGGAUGAUGUGAAAGAAACAUCUUUUGCUGAAGAAGACCAAAUAGAUGCUGAUGAGAUGACAAAGACAAGAGACACCCUACUGAAAACUGUUGAUUUACCUCCCUUGAGUUGUAUUCUACGUUAUCCAAUUGAAGUCUGGGUAUCAAGUAAUCGAAGGUUCAUUUCUCCUGAAGUUGUUGAAUCAAAAGAGGAAAACCGACGUAAGAAGAGGAAGAUCCAAGCAAACAUUGCAAUGGAACUUGAUACACACAAGCAUAUAUUACGGCAACUCAAAGGUAGACGUUUAGAGGAACUUUAUCCAGGUAAAUAUGAAGCAACACAAGAUGAAACUAACCCUGUUGUAAUUACAGGACAUUGGACUGAUACGACAGAUCAAGAAAAACAUCAUCAAGAUAAAGUUCACCAAUUAAAACUGUGUUUGAGAUGGAAACGAGGAACUUAUGUAUAUGGAUGCAGUUUAGAAGAAAUCCUAAAAGAAGCUGAAAGAAAACUGAAUUUAUGGAAAAGUGCUAAAUAUCUCUUCUUUGAAAAUGGCCAGCAGGUGGAAUCAUUUAAUGAUAUCCAGCGUGAUGACAUGCUGUGUGUAUCUACUGGACCACUUUUCAAAGGUGUCAAAUCAGAGCAGAACGACAUAAAUCUAAAAGCACAAUGGGCCCGAGCCAGACGACUUCAUGGACCCCAGAUAACAGACAUAACGGUAACCAUGGAGAAAGAUCCUGUAGCAAGUCAAUCAGACAAGUUUGCUAAAGAUAAUACUAUCUGGGGGUUCCUCAAAUCCUUGGAUCCACACCCUCAACAACAACAACAAUAACAUCAUCAUCAUCAUCCAAAGGACCAACCAUUGAAGACACAGAAUCACAGUUUGAAUUGAUGUUAGAAAGUCUAGACUGAAAACAAUAAACCAUAUUUGAUAACAUAAGGGACACACAGACAUAUUAGACAAAUUCUGAUUACAGCAAUGCAUAUUCAAGCUAAAAAGGUUUCAGGGCCUUAAAAGCUUCUGGGAAGCCCAACUUCGUAUAAAGGACCUGAAGUGAUGUUUUUGAACCGUUGGGGUGGGGUGGGGGGUGCAUCUUACGUACCAUCAAAUAUGAUGGUAGUGCUUAAGCUAAAUUUUUUACUGAGCAAAAUGACCUGAGCAGAUGAGUGUAUUUAUGUUAUGUGUGUGUGUGUUGUUGUAUAAAGCUGUAUAAGUGAUUCUAUUUGUAGAUGCACAUAUCUUUAUUUUUUUCAUCUAUCACUUGUUUCAGUCAGUAGAUUGCGACUCUGCUGGGGCACCGAAGAAGCUUUAGUCAAAUGAAUCUUAAGCCUGGUACUUUAUUCUAUCAGGCUCUUUUGCCAAACCACUAAGUUACAGGGAUGUAAACCUAUCACCAGCAUUGAUGGGGAACAAGCACAGACACAAAGACAUACACACAUAUGUGUGUGUGUGUGAGUAUAUAUAUAUAUUUUUUUAAUAUACAUAUGACGGGCUUCUUUCAGUUUCCAUCUACCAAAUCCACUCACAAGGUAUUUUGGUUGGCCUGAGGCUAUAGUAGAAGACACAUGAUUGUGAAGCAAGCUUCUCAUCACACAGCCACACCUCUGCCUAUGUACUGCCCUUAAUGUUUGUGAUUGUUCAUUUUACACCAGUUUUUCUUUGCUAACAUGGGCGAAACAUUUAUUAAGGUUUUUGUUUUAUUUCCUCAUAGCUGUAAAUGCAUAAAUGUGUGCAUAUAUAAGAUGUAAGAAAAAAAUGGCAUAAAAAUGGAUACAGACAAUAAGUACUUAGACUGGACUAUGGAAUCUAGUGUGGCCCCUGGCUCCUGGCAAGCUGUCCAACCCAUGCCAGCAUGGAAAACAGACUCUAUAUGAUGAUAAUUAGACAAAGAACCUAAAAUCUAAUUAUUUACAUUUGACAGAUAUUUGUCCUCAUCUUGUUUGUUGUUAACACAACGUUUCAGCUGAUAUACUCUCCAGCCUUCAUCAGGUGUCUUGGGGAAAUUUCAAACCUGGAUUCUCAUUCCUAAGGUAUUUUUCGAUGUUAUUAUUAUUAUUAUUCAAGUCACUGCCCACGUGCAAAUGGCGUAGUGGUUAAGAGUGCAGGCUACUAACCCCAAGAUUCCAAGUUCGAUUCCAGGCAGUGACUUGAAUAAUAAUAACAUUGAAAAACACCUUAGGAAUGAGAACCCAGGUUCGAAAUUCCCCCAAGACACCUGAUGAAGACUGGAGGGUAUAUCAGCCGAAACCUUGUGUUAACAAACAAGAUGAGGACAAAUAUCCAUCAAAUGUAAAUAAUGUACAUAAUUCCUCAUCUCUUAAAUAUAGAACUCUAAAAUCCAAUGUUGAACAAAGGGAUAUAGAAUCAGUGUCAAUCAGAGUUGAUUGAAGGUAAUGUAUCAGUUGAGCUAAUGAAAGUGUAAAAUAAAAAGCUGAACAGGUAAUGGCAAAGAUAUGAAAUUAUUUCAAACAUAAUUAUAGAAAUGGGUAUAAAGAUUUACAGAUUCAGCAGGAAAACUGGAGAAUCAAAAGAGCAAAUGUUCACAGUUAUUCCUCAUAGAAAGGUAUUAAUUAUAGAAUGUCAGAUGAAAGAGGAAAAUUUAAGUAGGCCCUCGUAUCAAUUCAACCUGGACAGGUCAGUAAAAAUCCUGGGAAUUGCUACUCAAGCCUUGCUACUCCACUCUCUUACUUGUGAGGUUUGAGUAGGAAUUCCUGGGGUCUUUACCUACCUGACUCAAUUGUCAGGAUCACUUUGCAAUGGGUUUCACAACAUCAAAGAAAACAUGGCCGACUGAGGGACAUGUGGCAGAGAACAAUAACAAAAGAUCUUAAACAUAAAGAAUUAACAAUGUAACAAGCUGUCAAGGACACUUUCGGGGUUAGAAGGUGGAAUGAUCUUACCAUCGCCUCAAGUGCCACAAGGCACAAUGAGAACCAAACGAAUGAACAUCCAGGUUGAAAUGAUACAAAGGACUACUUGAAUUCCCCUCUGUGUCAUGAAUGACAUUACAGUGUGAAUGUCUCUACUGAUUCUCCAGGUUUUUCUGCUAAAUUCUGUAUUUUUAUACUCAUUUUCUUAUGCUCGGGUAUGGCUGUGUGGUAAGAAGCUUGCUUCCCAACCACAUGGUUCUGGGUUCAGUCCCACUAUGUGACAUCUUGGGCAAGUGUCUUGUCAAAGCCUUAUGAGUGGAUUUGGUACACGGAAACUGAAAGAAGCCCAUCAUGUGUGUAUGUCUGUUUUCCCAUCAUCAAUACUUGACAACCAGUGUUGGUGUGUUUACAUCCCUGUAACUUAGUACUCCAGCAAAAGAGACAACUAGAAUAAGUAUCAAGUUUUAAAAAACGGUAUUAGAGUUGAUCCAUUUGACUAAAAAUUCUUCAAAGUGGUGCCCCAGCAUGGCCACAGUCUAAUGACUGAAGCAAAUAAAAGAUAAAGGAUUUCUACAACUAUAUUAUAAAUGAUUUGAUGCUCUUACAAUUUAAUGUGUGUGUGUAUAAUGCUAUGUGCACACAUUUUAGUCUGCAACACAAUUCAUUUAAAACUGAGGCAAAGGUAUUCUAAGAAUUAACCCUUUUGUUACUAUAUUUCUGUUGAGAUGUUCUGUGUUUCUUUCAAUUACUUUUAAAUAUAACAAAGAAUUUAGUAAAAUAACUUAGUUAUCAUUAAGUUGAUGUUAGGAACAUAAAUUGUGACUAAGGUUUGGUGGAAGAUUUUAAUUCAAAACUUAUGAAAACAAAACAUUUGUACUCAGAGCCAGAGGUGCUUUCAGCCAGGUUGGUAACGAAAAGGUUAAAGAGCUCAGAACUUGGAGAUGAAAAUUAAAACAAAACUGGAAAACACACAAUACAGAUAUGACAAGUACCUUCUUAUUUCAGGACCAUGCAAGGUUUUAAUGAAUUGAUUUCUUGUCUCUUCAGCCAGGAACUAAAAGGACUGUUGGUUUGGUAAUCUUCAUUCUGUUGGUCUGUGCUUUUGAUGCCUAAUGAAAUUAAAAAAAAAUUUCUUGUAAAACAGAUAAGGGUUGACAACAAGAAGGGCAUCCAACAGUAAAAUACUGCUUCAAAUAUCAGUCUAACCCAUGCAAUAUAGAAGAAUGGAUGUAAAAUGACCAAUACGCAUAUAAAUAUACAUGCACAAACACAGAAAAAAUUAUAUCAAUAACGAGUAAGAUUUAUGAGAUAAAGAGGAGACACAUAAUAGUAAUUGAAGCCAGACAAGCAAAAGUAUGUGACUGAAAAGUGUAGAAAUAUAAAGCAAAAGAACAAAGAAGUGUACAAUGAAGAUAAGCCCACCAAAGAAAGAAACAGAAGAGAAUCUAAUAGUUUGAGUGAUACUUUUUAUCAAAGGGAAGUAAAAGGAUUAAAAGAUGCAAGAGAAAAAUAUGAUACUAAAUUCAUGGUAUCUAUUUACAUAUCUGUGUUUGUGUGUAUCUGUUCAUGACAGAGUGUAAGUAUAACUUGAAGAAAGAUUUAUAUUUGUGUGUGUGUUUGUGUUUAUACACAUGUUUAUCUAAAUGCGAAUGCUUUGCAGCAAACAUGAAGUUGGUGGAUGGUAGUGAUUGCGCAGUGGUAGUGGCAAUGGUUAUAAUUACACAUGCUCAGAAAUGAUGUUUGUUUUAUUAAUACUUUGAGAUAGUAUUUAGUUUGGAACUUUGAAUUUUUUCGUCACUUCAACUUGAUUGAUUGAACGAUUUAUAAUUAAAGAUUUAUAAUUUCUUACCCAUUUAUAUGAAAUAAAUACAAAAAAUAUUAAAAAAAAA